GCUAUCUCAUUAAUACACGUGCGUCAAAGGUCCAUAUGGUCUACUGUUUUGUGCGCUCAUCAAACAGACAAAGUAUAUUUAUUUUAUCUCAGAAAAAUCCAAAAUAAAAACAGACAUUUUUCCGCUGUGAAAAAAUAUACAAUUUUGAACCAAUUUCAUUUGCGACCGUUUUCAAUUCGAUAAGUUUUUUUUCUGUAAUUAUCAUAGCUUUGGUUAAUUCGCAAUUAUCAAAAAGGGCGAAUAACUUAUAGAGCAUCACAUUUAGUAAUGACUGCAAUUGAGGUUACUCAUGAGCCCCUUCUUCGACACGCUGAACUAGGGCGUGCUACCAGACGAGGCCACGAUUUGCCACCGGAUAGCUUCGUGUAUGGAAUCUCUACCACUGGUGAUCGUCUCGGAGCGGCUAAAGCUUUGGGUAGCUGGUAUGGAACGGAGAAUGAUUUCACUUUGGGCUCCAGAGGUCAGCAGAUGGACGCCAUGGGGGGCUCCCUAAAACGCAGCAACACUUUCAACGGAAGGGACUUUGUGGCGAUGAACAAGGCGGCCACUAAGAAGGGACUCCACACAUCCUCCGACUUUGCAAAGUACAAGUUUACACAUAAUGUCGAGAAGCAGCCAAUGACUAUGGACACAAAUACCAACAAAGCAGAAGUGGGUCGAAUUCCUCCCGAGACUGUCUUUGGACAGGCGAACCGCGCGGGCACUCCAGUGAUGGAGUUGAUGGGCAACCGCUACCAGCAGAAGUGGCUGCAGGAGAAGCGCCAGAACGAAAGCGUCGCUCGCGCCAGGUCCAGACAAUCCAAGGAUUGGCCUUGCAGUUCUUAUGAGGCCAGGCCACCCAUUUCGGUUGGCCCCCACGUCAGCACCUUCCGAAGUGCGAAAGCUAGGAUGAGUGCUCUAGAGAACCACGAAUACGAAUCAGCGUCCCGUUUCGGCUACCUGGGACAGGGUGCACAUGCAACACCUCCCUACUGACCAUGUCACAUGCAUCCAAUGAGUCGAAUUGCUAUUGCUACAGAAGAAUUGCUUAAUUGGGCGACUUUCUAAAUCUAAGCCUAUCUGCCUAAACUGACUUUAUCAUUCAAAUCACUGCUAAUUUUUUUUGUUCAUUGUAUUAGGGUACAAAAUAGUGAUUGCGAUGUGUGCGGCUGAUUGUUUUGUGUUGAUCAUCUUCAAUUAAAUCUAUUUCUAUCUCUUUCAA